GAUAUUCGUUGGGAAUUAAGUACUAGCGUGCGGACAAAAGCUCUUCCUUGUGGAUAUUAAGGAGCAUUUUCCAAAACCAUGGAAUUUAGAUACACAUGAUUGAACCCUUGCGGAUACCAACAUGGCUGGCACAAACAUACAAAUAGCACAACAUGGGAAAUUGUGUUUAUUCAUUUAUGUUGUCGUCUGCAACUGCAUUCCCAGUUUUAUCACUGCGUCAGCACAAAGAAUAAACAUACUUCCGACUGAUCCAGCCGUGUGUACCGGGGACAAUAUCACAUUUACAUGUUCUUUAGAGACUACAACUAACUCUAAAAAUCAAAUUAAACCUGUGUUAUCUUCGGAAUCUUUAGUUGCCAGUACCAGUACGCAUCUAGUAGAUUACUGUACGGCUGAAAUAACGUUGUUCAACGUUUCCCGUAAACAUGAUCACGUGGCAGUUUGCUGUAUUCUUGACAACACCGACGAAAUUUGUGACAUGCUCACAGACGCCAGCUCUAUUCUAAAUGUGUACCCUUUACCAAUUGAAGUUCAAAACUUUAGUUGUCUGGUCGAAAACUAUGACAGAUCUCUGAACUGUUCCUGGAGCUAUGGGACAAUAUAUGACAGAUUUAAAGAACCGGAAGUGGCGCUUCUAUGGAAAAGCGGUGAUUCACCUUGGAUGCACUGUCCAUAUCUUGACAUAGAGAAUGGCUUUUGCUUUUGGGAAAACACUGAAACUGACUUCACGUUUAGAGAGAUUCAAAUGAUAGUUAGUUUGGAACAAACCUGUGGAAAAAGCGCCGAGUCGCAUUUUUUAACAGAUACUUCCAAAAUAGUAAAGCCGAAUCCUGUUGUGGAAUUUUCAAGUAAUGUCAUAAGUAGCACCUGUAUUGAGGUAAAAUGGCAAUCAGCUGACAUGACAUAUCCGAAAAGACAUACUGUCAAAGUAUCCGGCCGAUGGAAAGAUAACUGGGAGUUUCAAUUUAACACCACUUUCAUUACCGAGCAGCAGACACAAACGAGAAGACUAUGUGACCUUCACCCCUACACGAGCUACACUGUGACAGUCAGCACACUUCCAAUAGGGAACCAGUCCGGUUAUAAUAGUGAUCCGAAAUCGGUUGUCGCGGUUACGUAUACUGAUAAACCAGCUUCGAGUCCAAAAGUUAUACAAGGGGGUUACCACUGGCAUCCCAGGGAAUGCGAAGGAAACAACAAGGAAAGGCGUGUGUGCAUAUUUUGGAAGCCUCUUGUAGAAGUAGAAAAGAACGGGAAAAUAGAAAGUCUACCAUUCAAAACAAACGCUGUCCAUGGUAGCAGACGACAAUAUCAAUCUAAAUUUGACCAUGAUCAAACGUACGGUUGCCUUGACAACGCGCCCUGCAAUGACAGCUUCAACUUUACCAUUUCUGCAAGAAAUGUAAACGGAACUUCUGAACGCUGGUCAAGUUUAUCGAUAUCGUCUGCUUCGUCAGGUAUGUUACAACCAGCAUUUUACGUGGAGGCGGACAUCAUGAAUAAAUUAUACUUUAACUUAAAACCUUCCGAAACCACGAAAGCGAGCAGCGCCCUGGUUUCCUGGUGUCAUAACCACAAUGGUGACUGUCAGAGUGACUCUGAAGUUCAGUGGAAGACAUUUUCUUGGGGUACAGAACAGGUUGUUGUGCAGCUUGAGUUCAAUGAAAACCCACAAGACUUUCUGUAUGGUGUUAGUGCGGUGUAUGAAGAGGGCAGUAGUGGUUUAGAGUGGCAAGAAUGCGUAUAUUCCAAACACAAAGAGCCAAGUAGGGAACCUGGCAACGUGGUAAUAGCAAAUGGACCAAUGGAUAACUCGCUCUUAGUUUCCUGGGAUAAACUGAACUGUAAACCGGGCGAACCAUAUAUUGCUAUAUACAAUGUUUUGUACAUGAAUUUAGAUGACGGAGUGCAAAAAU